GUAGUUCGCCGCCCGGAAGAAUGCCCCCUGCACCACACGUACGUCCGCGAGCGCGCCAGAGGGAGGCCGCGACCAAGAGCCUCCUCACCCAUGGCCACGCUGCUCCCCUCGUUUCCGCACUCCCUCUCCAAGCCCCGCCAUCUCCGCCACUCCCACAUUGCCGCUGCCGCCACCAGGCCCGAGGCCGCCGCCCCUAGCCCCGCCAGCUCCCGCCUCCGCCGCCUCAUCGCCCGCGACGACCUCGCCGAGGCCGCGCGCCUCGUCGAGCGCUCCACCUCCCGCGGCGAGGCCCCCGACGUCUACCUCUGCACCAAGCUCAUCCGCAACCUCUGCCGCCGCGGCCGCACCUCCGACGCCGCGCGGGUCCUCCGCACCGCCGAGGGCUCCGGCGCCCCCGUCGAUGUCUUCGCCUACAACACCCUCGUCGCCGGGUACUGCCGGUACGGCCGCCUCGACGCCGCGCGCCGCCUCAUCGCGUCCAUGCCCGUCCCGCCCGACGCCUACACCUACACGCCCCUCAUUCGGGGACUCUGUGACCGCGGCAGGGUCGGCGACGCGCUCAGCCUGCUCGAUGAUAUGCUCCGCCGCGAGUGCCAGCCCAGCGUGGUCACCUACACCGUCCUCCUCGAGGCCGUCUGCAAAAGCAGCGGAUUCGGGCAGGCCAUGAAGGUCCUGGACGAGAUGCGUGCCAAGGGCUGCACGCCCAACAUUGUCACCUACAACGUCAUCAUCAACGGCAUGUGCAGGGAGGAUCGCGUUGACGAUGCUAGACAGAUCCUGAAUAGGUUGUCGUCUUAUGGGUUUCAGCCAGACACAGUCAGUUACACCACUGUGCUUAAGGGCUUGUGUGCCGCUAAGCGAUGGGAGGACGUCGAGGUGCUGUUUUGUGAGAUGGUGGAGAACAACUGCGUGCCGAAUGAGGUUACUUUUGACAUGUUAGUCAGAUUCUUCUGUCGUGGAGGUAUGGUGGAGAGGGCAAUUGAAGUUCUUGACCGAAUGUCAGAGCAUGGAUGCACAGCCAACACUACCUUGUGCAAUAUUGUGAUAAACUCUAUCUGCAAACAAGGUCGUGUGGACGAUGCUUUUGAGUUCUUGAACAAUAUGGGCUCGUAUGGGUGCAGUCCGGAUACCAUUAGCUAUACAACUGUGCUAAAGGGCUUGUGCCGCGCUGGACGAUGGGAGGAUGCCAAGGAGCUCUUGAACGAGAUGGUCCGAAAGAACUGUCCCCCGAAUGAGGUGACCUUCAAUACAUUCAUCUGCAUCUUGUGCCAAAAAGGAUUGAUCGACCAAGCUAUUUUGCUUAUUGAACAAAUGCCGGAGUAUGGAUGUUCAGUGGGUAUUGUCACAUACAAUGCUCUUGUCAAUGGCUUCUGUGUGCAAGGGCGUGUUGAUAGUGCUCUUGAGUUGUUUAAUAGUCUGCCUUGUGAGCCCAACACCAUUACAUACACUACCUUGUUGACAGGCCUGUGCCACGCUGAGCGAUUGGAUGCUGCUGCAGAGCUAUUAGCUGAGAUGAUGCAGAAUGAUUGCCCUCUAAAUGUUGUGACAUUUAAUGUACUUGUGAGUUUCUUCUGUCAAAAAGGGUUUGUCGAGGAAGCAAUUGAACUUGUGCAGCAAAUGAUGGAGCACGGUUGCACCCCUAACCUGAUUACGUUUAAUACUUUACUCGAUGGGAUUACCGAGGAUUGCAACUCAGAAGAAGCCUUGGAGCUAUUGCAUGGUUUGGUCAGCAAGGGAAUAUCCCUAGAUACAAUAACCUACUCUUCAAUCGUUGAUGUCCUCUCAAGAGAAGAUAGAAUUGAAGAAGCUGUUCAGAUGUUUCAUGCCGUCCAAGAUAUGGGGAUGAGACCAAAAGCCGUGAUGUAUAACAAGAUACUAUCUGCCCUCUGUAAAAGAUGUGAAACAGAUCGUGCUAUUGAUUUUUUUGCUCAUAUGGUGUCUAACAGUUGCAUGCCAAAUGAGUCAACCUACGUUAUACUAAUCGAAGGCCUUGCCCGUGAGGGUUUGUUGAAGGAAGCACGAUAUGUUCUGAGUGAGUUGUGCUCAAGAGGAGUUCUAAGCAAGAGUUUAAUUGAAGAUCGACAUUAAGGUUGUGGUCUAAGCUGUGCAUAUGCCUUCUUAAUCAAAAAGAGAGAAAGAAAACCGUGCAUAUUUCUUGAGUCAUGAUGAAAUCAGAGCCCUUAGUGCUUAUCAAAUUCUGCUAAGUCUCCACAGACCUCAUUCCAAAUUUACAGCAAGAUGGGAUUAGUGACAUGCUUUGUACUUGUGCUUCAAGCUACAAUGAUUCACAAAGAUGUGAGAGGUCUUUGAAAUGUGAAGACCACGGAAUCAAGAGGAGUGUCUGGAGGAUAAAGAAGCAAAAAAGAUUCAGUGUCCAUACUUAUAUCGGCGUAGUAAAGAAUACAGUACAACCAAAUUUUUUUCUAGAUACACUUACGAGUUUCAGCAUAAGACCAAUGAAUUAAUUUUUUGACUAUACUUCUGCGUGUUUAUACGCAUUUUUUGGUUUAUCUUCCAUGAGCAGUGCAUAAUUGCUUCUCCCCAGGGCUUUUAUUAA